CUUCCCUCUCGCCCGCCCCCCUCCCUUUCGGCCGUGGAGGAGGGGGCUCCGGUCCCCCCUCCUUCGAGGCCCGGUCCGCCCCCGCCGGAUCCGCGCCCCCAGCUGAUCCGCACAACUUCCCGGGAUCGGGGGCCAAAGUGAGCGCAAAGUGCCACCCAAGUUGCCGGGAUGGAGCUGCAGAGCCGGCCCGAGGCGCUCUCCGUGGAACUCGCGCGCCACCAGAACGGCGACCUCAAGAAGCAGCUCCACGAAAGGCAGCCGCGGAUCGCAACGCUCAGUGACAAACAAGCUUUGGGAACCAUCACUGCAGUGCCUGUCUCGGGUCCUCAGGUCAGCUCCCUGCAGAGGUUGGCGGGGCAGGGAGCGGCAGUGCUACCUCAGGUUAGGCCAAAGACUCUGAUUCCAGACAGCCUCCCUGUCACCCCGGGCAGGGACCGGCCACCCAAGCAGCCCCCAACAUUCCAGAAGGCCACUGUGGUCAGCAUCAAGAACCCUAGCCCAGCCCUCCCCACCGCCAACAACACCGUCAGCCAUGUGCCAACGCCCGGCGGCCAGCCCCAGGCCCUCGCCGAGCCCACUGCCAUCGCCUCGCCCCUGAGCAGCGCCGGGGUGGCCUAUGCCAUCAUCUCCACCUCCCCCAGCAAUGCUGCCGCCAUCGCCCCCAGCACCGCCGUGCCCGUGGUCAGYGAGAGCCUCCAGGUGCAGCCCCUCCUCAUCAGUGCCGACAGCAAGGUCAUUAUUAUUCAGCCUCAAGUGCAGUCGCAGCCCGAGAGCUCGGCAGAGCCGCGGCCGCCCACAGAGGAGCCAUCUCAGGGAGCUCAGGCCACCAGGAAGAAGAAGGAGGACCCGCCCCCCAGCCAGGAGAGCCCCGAGAAGGUCGCCUUCAUGGUAGCCCUGGGCCUGGUCACCACGGAGCACCUGGAAGAGAUCCAGAGCAAGCGGCAGGAGCGGAAGAGGAGGAGCACGGCCAACCCCGCCUACAGCGGCCUCCUGGAGACCGAGAGGAAGCGACUGGCCUCCAGCUAUCUCAACAACCCCCUGUUCCUCACAGCGCGAGCCAAUGAGGAGCCCUGCUGGAAGAGCGAGAUCACCCAGGAUGAGCACUGUGCCAUCUGCAAGCGAGGGGCCAGCCUGCAGCCCUGCGGCACCUGCCCGGGGGCCUACCACCUCAGCUGCCUGGAUCCGCCCCUCAAGACAGCACCCAAGGGCAUGUGGAUGUGCCCCAGGUGCCAGCAGAAGGCCUUAAAGAAAGACGAGGGUGUGCCCUGGACCGGGAUGCUGGCCAUUGUCCACUCCUACGUCACCCACAAGACAGUGAAAGAAGAGGAGAAGCAGAAGCUGCUGCGGCGGGGCGGCGAGCUGCAGAGCGAGCGCCAGCAGCUGGAGGAGCGCGACAGGCAGCUGGCGUCCGCGGUGAAGAAGUGCUUGGAACUCAAGACCAGCCUGCUGGCCCGCCAGAGGGGCACCCAGUCAUCGCUGGACCGCCUCCGGGCCCUCCUGAGACUGAUCCAGGGCGAGCAGAUGCUCCAGGUUGCCAUGGCAGCCACCAGCCCCACCCCGCUGCUGGCGGGGCCCUGGACCAAGCCCCCAGCAGCCACCAUGCGCUCCACCCUUCAGCACCCCCAGGGCCACAACUGACCCUAGGGACCUAUCUUCAGCCCAUGGAAAGUCAUUGGGACCCUGCUCACACGACCUGGGGGUUCUGUCGGCCUUAAUUCAUAAACACUGAAUUUCAGACAAAAAUAAAACCAGACAGAAAGACCACGGAGACAAGGGAGGAGCCAGGCCGGCAUCCCAGAGCCGGAGGGGGUGAAGCCGAGUCUGCCCCUCCCCCGUGGGAGGGGACACCUGGAAACCAGGUGGGGGAGAGGGACUGGGGCACAGCCCCAUCCUCAGCUGUCCUCAGCCCUCCCUGGGCUGCCCUGGCCUCCAUCUUCCGGGCCCAGCCCUCUCUGUGACCUCAUGCUGUCCCCUGGGAGAGGGAGGUGCAGGCAGCCAGCACCRGCCACGGAGGGUGGCACCCGGGCCUGUGGGGAGGACAGCGAGGUCGCAGUUAGCUGAGUAGUAGGUAGUUGGGUUGAGCCGUCGGCGAGACCGAGACGUGGUAGCAGAUCUAGGUAGUUCUCCAGCGCCCGCAGGGCAUGGCCGCACUCCUGCCUCUCCAGCACCCGGCCACGGCAGCUUCCUGUCAGUAUUAUUAGGUGAAGAGUCGCAGCUGUUGAACUUGAGACUGGGAGGGGCUUCCCCGGGGACCAGCACUGCCUGUGGCCMCCCGCCCCGUCUUGCCCACCGUCUGGACUCUUUUGCUACCGAUGUAUUUUUCUCAUGGAGUUUUUGGGCGAGAUGGGAUGGAGCCAUGCAGGGGGCGUUUGGCAGAUCUGGGGUUUGGAUCCAAGCCUCUCUCCUCCACCGUCCCGCCUUGCCAGUGCAGACACUAUGCCAAAAAAUACCUUACAUUUCUGUGUGGCGCUCCUGUGGUGGGGUGUCUAGUGGGGGCUCACUUCUCUCUCGGCGCCUGGUAGUCUCUGCUUCCAGGUUCCCAUGGGCAACCUMCCCUGGGAGGCCGGACUGGAGCCACCCAGAGGGGUUUUGAAGAACUGGRUGAAGGGUGUGGGGUGGAACCAGGGGCGGUGGCCCUGGGGGUUGGUCCCUGGAGACUGGAGAGCCCCUGCCUCCCGCUUCCCCUCGCUAGCAGAGAGCCCAGGGGCCCCAGCAUCUCUCAAGGGCUCCCCGUCCCCGGGGCCUGGCCAGUCCCAGCGCCCACCAGCAUCCCCAGCCUGCGGGACUCAGCACAACGGGCYCCGCCCCGCAUAUCACACAGUGCGCGUGCGCCCGAGGGGGCCGCAGCCACGAGCCACGCGCAGACACAGGUGCAGAGCCCGGGUGGGCGGAACCCGCAGCCUGCCGCCACCCUCCUGCCAUUUUCACGACUCCGGGAGAAACUGUGCUGUACGAUACAGAUCUAUUUUAAUACACUCAACACUGGGUUGAACAAGAUUUUUAUAUUCUUUUAUUGAUGAACAAAGUGAGCCGCGAGGCGCCCUCUAUAUUGGUUACCCUGCCGUCCCGCUCCGCGGCCGCGGUGUGAAUGAGUGCGGGCUCCUCUUCCUGGGUUUGCUUUUCUCCUCCUUUGGUUGGAUUGGGUUUUUAAAAACCAGCACGUGAGGACAUGAGAGGUUGGACCGGGAGGGGUAGCCGCCCCCCUGUCUUGAGACUUAGUGUUUUUUGGACCAAGGAGCACCGUCC